AAUAUAAGUACAAAAGUUCAGACGGCUGUUCAUCGGUGUUUGCUCUUCAGCACUCUGCACUAUCAAAAUUCCAUAAAAUAUCCAACGAAUCUGAAAGCCAUGGCAGUUGUCCCUAUUCAACACAAAGUGUCAGAAGAGCUAAACAGCGAUAACCGCGAUGUUGCAGAUCUGUGGAAGGACGCGCUUAAGGCUUAUAAAGGCAUUGUCGGCUUCGACCUUGAACGCAAGUUUGAUGAUGUCCAAGGCAUGAUCAACCAAGGCACUAAAGAGAUGGAAAACUUCCAUAAAUUUCGGCAUAAUGACAAAAAAGUUGACAAGUUGCGAAGCCUUUUUGCGGCGAAUCUCGACUACAUUGAGAAAGGCGCACAACAGCUCGUCUCGGCUGCUGUGCCAGCCUUUCCCCCAGCUGCUGCCAUUGGGACAGCGGUUACUUUCAUGCUGAGCGCAUGUCGGAAGGUUUCGGCUGACUACGACAUUGUCAUGGUCUUUUUCGAAGACAUGAACAGUUUCUUGCAGCGAAUCGUUAUUUUAGAGACCAGGCUGCCAAAGUAUAAGGCAUAUCAGAACUGUUUGAUGGAUGUCUUCACGUCCUUUCUUACUAUGUGCGGUUUUGCGCACAAAUACAUUGAACUUGGGCGAUUCAGCCCCUGGUCUCAGCUUUAUGCCAUGCACUUUAUCCAGGACGGAGAAAGGCUAACUUUUGCAGAAAAAUGGAUCAGCAACCUAAUCCAAGGUGAAGACAGCGAACUAGGAGGGGCUAGAAAGAAAAUGGACUUGAGAAUUCGUCGUCUGCAGGAAGCCACCGAGUAUGCCAUUCUGGGCAACACAGAAGAGAUCCAGAAGAUGACCUCUGAGCUGCAAAUAAACCAACAGUCACAUACUGCGAUGCUCGAGGAACAAAUGCAGGUCAUGAAUGUUGUCCGAGACACUACUGAGCAUAUUCGCAACGACAUGGCCAAACUGCUCAGGGCGUUUGAGGACCAACAAAGAAAGGACCGCGGCAGUGAGCAAAGGAUCAAAACUUCGGCUGCAGAACAUAAAACACCACCAUCAGCGAAUGGAAUUCGGAACACAUUGCCGGAGGUGAUAGGUGAAAAUCAUGAGUACCAGAUUCUGAAAGAGACUGCUGUGGCCGAUACAUGCUCCUGGAUCUUUCGGGAGCCUGAGUGGGAGAAAUGGCUGAAUCAAGAUGCGGCGCAACAUGCUGUUCUGGCCAUCACUGGAAGCCCAGGCUCUGGAAAGAGCCAUAUUGCGUUAUCCAUAUUUGAGAAGCUCAAACAAGAAGCCGAGAAAGAUGCAUCUAAGCAUACAUGUGCAGCACAAUUCUAUUUCCGCGAGCAGAACGAAAACUUAUCCUCUUUCGUCAAUGGCAUUGCUACUGUCAUCAACCAAGUGGCCGAGCAAAGCCCACCGCUCUGCGAAUUGAUAUACGCUGAGAUUGUCAAGGAUAAUACCGAUAUCAACUUUUGGAGCCCCCUUGAUCUCAUUCAAAAGAUCCUUGGUGUAGCAUUCAGUAAGACAUCGAAGAAUCGCCUCCUCUUAGUAUUCGAUGGUAUCGACGAGAUCGAUGAAGAUUAUCUUCCCGAGUUCGCACAGUUCUUGAAUAUCUUGAAUGAGGAUGAAUUGAGAAUCUCUUGUGUCUUCACCGCCCGACCUGAAAUUGCAAUUCAGGGUUCAGAGUCAACUCCGACACUAAGUAUUACAGUAACAAAAGAAAAGCAAAUGGAGGACCUACGAACAGUCAUAUGGGCUCGUAUGAAUUCUUUAGACCAUCUCAAGUGGUUCAGCCGAUACGUUCAGCAACGGGUGGCUGACAAGUUAGAAGAAUCAGCACCAAGCCUUCUCUAUGCCGAACACCUGCUAGGGAAACUCAAUGCACUUGGAAGAGAGGGUGCAGUAAUAAGAAGUCUAGAAAGGCCUCUGCCGUCUACUCUUCACGAGUUGUACGAAACAUCCAUAGAAGAAUGCAUUCGCCGUACUGAAUCCAGUUAUCGCGAACUCGUUGUCAAAUUGCUUCAUUGGACGGCAUUUUCGUUCAGGCCUUUGACACUUGACGAAGUAGUUUCAUUACUGAGAUAUUGGGUCGGGUCUAGCGAAUUCGAUAUUGAGGAUAUUCCGGCACCAUUUGCAAAGAUCCUCCAAAUUGGUGGUGCUGAUUCUGACGCGGAAAGUCGAGCAAAGAUGGAAUAUCGCGGUGGGUGGAGCACUGCUGUCGCUGAACUGGAUACCUCUCAGAAAUCUUCCAGCUCAGACGGCAUCUACGAUGACGGAGCCCUUUCUAUCAAGUUCAAAGAGCGAUCAAUGCGAGGCUUCUAUCUUGCAGAACCUACAACUCCGACAAAAACUCAUCUUCAGCCCUCAGAAGUUCACCGCCAAAUGUUCCUUGACUGUGCUAGACUUAUAUGGCCAAAAGAGUUUGAUCGCACAGAAAUCGAUGAGAACCUUAGAGAAUAUGCUGUCAGCCACCUUAUCACUCAUUGGCGCAAUAUCGACUUGGAGAAGCAUGACGUGCAACAAAGAGUUGAAGCAAUGGAGGCUCUGGCUUCAACUUUUCUUGAUCUGAAGUCUUUCGCAAUGGUCCAAGAGUCUAAGGAGCCGAUAUACAAGGAACACAUCAACGAGGAGUUCUUUGAGCAGCUCGCAAAGUGGAGUAACAUUCUUAAUGUCGUCGGAACCCAGCUCAGCACAGAUGCAGCAGAGUGGUGGAAUGAGGUUGCUACUCGUCCUCAAAACUGCCUUCUUCAUCUUAUCCAAGGGCAUAUACGCAGACUAUCUUUUGCUACAGAUCUUAGAGAUGUCUGGAUCUCGUAUCUAGCAGUAAGAUCGGCUCUAACAGCUGUUCACCAGGAUACGAUCUUAAUAGACCAAGCAAGGAAGAAUUUUGAGUCAGAACUCGGGGAUACCUCUGAUUAUCUUGAUGAUAAACAAGCAAUUCUUGGUAUUGAGGGCCUCUUUAAGGACGUUCAGCAUGGUUCAAAAGGUUAUCACUCUCUCGCGUCUCUUCUAAUCUAUUUCGAGCAAGUAAAGCCUGCAGAGGUCACUUGCCAAAAGGCCAUUGAUGCCUCCCAGACAGCACUGGAAAAGGUGGAGUCACUCCAACUUAUGGCUCGGGUCCACCGGAGAACCAACCUGCAAGCCGCAUAUGAGGAUAUACUAGGUUGUCUAGAACUCCUCGAAGAUGAAGAUGUGCCUACAUUACUACGUCGUACGGUUUACGUGACAAAGGCCAGAAUCGAAACCGAACUUGGGAAGCGCGAUGAAGCGGCGGCCUCGUACGCGAAGGCAAGAUCGGUUGACCCGAAUGGACUCGCCACUGGUGAUGUUCUUGAAGAAGAGCUUCAGCUGUUUGAGAAAGUGCCCGGAAAGAAAGUGUUUAUGAGUACUCUGAAAGGCUGGAGCGCACUCGAGCGGCUGACCUGGCUUUGCUGGCAGUACGAUGUCCAAAGUCACGAACGAGUACUUCUUCCCUUAGAUGUGGCCGUCGAAACAGGAGAAACCGCCUUCAUCAUCGAAAUGUAUCAAGAGUCGAUUAAGUAUCUGGAUAACGUUAACGCGGCGGCACCGAUGCGAGUCGAUCUAGCAUACUUCCAAAUUCACGUUCGCGGUGACCUCGAAGCUGCUCGGAAACUACUCGACGAAGUUUUGGACAGCGGAUCCACUGGAUGGCCUUACGCUGUUACUGGCGAGAGCCCCGAUAAGACCUUGAGUCGUGCCAUAAACAUUCAAAGCGAAGUUCUGUAUCGUCUAUUCCAAGAUUCGUCAGAUGUCAAGUAUAAAAUGGAACUUCUUGCGUCACUUGAAGGCCUCCUGACGCGCAAUCUUCCCCUCGACGUACCACCCAUCUCAAACACAUCUCUUCUCUACCACCACAUUAUCCAGGCUCGGAUGUAUUUCAAGCUGGGGCCGACCAUCAAGUUCCAGGAGACUCUUGAGAGUGUGAUCACUGCUUCUAUCGAUGCCUUAAAUGACGAAGUGAGUUGGAACGACUGGGAGAAUCUGAUGCGACUAGCAACCUCUCUCCAAAUCCUUGGAGGGUGUAUCAGAAAUGGGAAUAAGCUUGAAAGAAUGGCUCAAAUUUUGCUCUCUGCCCAAUUCUGCCACCUUGAAUCCGCAACUGGGAGUCAGGAAGAAGAGACUAAAGAUGAAGGCGGUAACGACGAUAAAGACAACCAAGGUUUGAACAAACGUAAUGAAGAGGGUGGGAAGCCAAUCAACGAGGGUGACUUGGACGACAAUGCUGAUCAGUGGUGUUUUGGGGACUGUGAACCCAGAGUCAAAUUUCUCUGGUGGGGAGAGCGGACUGCGUACCGGUGUCUGGUCUGUUUCGAUUGUUUCCUUUGCGAAGACUGUUACCACAAAAGAAAGGCCAGCAGCAAUUGUGCAGAACGCAAAAAGGCAACAGUUCUGUGCGCAGGUGAUCAUGAAUACAUCCGAGGCCCCAUCAAAGGUUGGAAAGGAGUGGUAGGAGGAAAAGUAUUGAUUGAGGGUGAAGAAGCGGUGGAAUUCAGCGCCCUUCUCCAACAAAUCGAGGAGAUAUGCAAAGAGGCCUGGGAGUCUUUCUGGAAGAAUUAG